AUGUCACCCGUUUCCUUUGAAACCAUCGACCCGCUGGCCCGAUCCAGCCUGGCAUCAAUGGCCCCGUCUCGAAUUGCCUUGGACACGAUGCAUUCGGCAUCUGCAACGGGACUCGAAGAGUCGAGCUGCAGUUUUGAAGCAAUAUCGGUGAGUGAGAUGCGUGAGUAUGAGAUGCUGAUGUUGCGAAGUGCUGUUCGGAUAACGUUGUGCCUUAGCCGAACGAUCAAGUUGUUUGUACGGUCGGCCGCAAAAGUACUUGUUAAUCGGACAAUAACGGCCCACUUGUUGCAUUGGAUUCGAAAACCGAGAGCCGAAGCAGGUGCUUUCCGAGCAGCUUGA